AUGGAUCGCGUAAACAAGAAACAGAACAAACCAAUACCAACCAUCCCUCGUCCUUCCCAAGGAGCCAUGACUGCAGCUCGCACCGCGGCUGCCAGUUCCGAGCCACAAUCGCGCUCAAGGGCAACAGUGAUGACGCCAAAUGCAGCCUUAGCUGCUAGAUCAUCAGCUGGAGGCCAAGGUGCCGGGCCGAGUGGAGCACCCGCUGGUGCUGCCAACAAAGGAGGACGUGGCUCGAACACCCUGAAGGGGAUCGAGCGCUUGCGAGAGGCCCGUGAACAGCGCCGCUCUGAGAUGGAGGCCUCGCGCCUGGAAAAGAAGGCGUUGAUGGACAAGGAUCCGGGCAAUCCCAACUGGGAAUUCCGCUACUUGAUAGAACAGGAGCGCAAGAUAUUGCAGCUCUCACCCAUCCGCACAUUCGAGAGGGGCUACAUGCGGAAUGAACAAAUCAUUGUGUGUGUGCGCAAGCGCCCGAUAAACGAGCGCGAGCUGGCCAACAAGGAAACGGACGUACUGUCCGUGCCCAGUGCGGACAGACUGAUCCUUCAUCAGCCGCGUGCCAAGGUUGACACAACCAAGUAUAUUGAGAACUAUAGCUUCCAGUUCGACUUUGCUUUCGACGAGGAGGUCCCCAAUGAAUUGAUCUACAAGUACACAUGCGUGCCAUUAAUCCACAGUGCUUUCCAGGGCGGUAACGCCACCUGUUUCGCCUACGGCCAGACCGGGUCAGGAAAAACAUUCAUAAUGACAGGUGGCGGCCGCCCUGGUGCUGUAAAAAUGAAAGGCAUCUUUGCUCUAGCAGCGUAUGACAUUUUUGGCUUGCUACCUAGCAAAGAGAUAGCUGAACAUGGCCUGAGCGUGUCCUGUAGCUAUUUUGAGAUCUACGGCGUCAAGGUCUACGACCUGAUGAGCUCCAAGAAGCCGGAACUCAAGAUGGUGGAAGACAGCAACCAGGCCGUACAACUGCUGGGAUUAACGGAGACGCCGGUGCAUUCUGUGGACGAUGUUCUGAACUUGAUUGCCUUUGGCGACAACAAUCGCAUGAUGGGCCAAACUGCGGUGAACGCGAUCUCCUCACGCUCCCAUGCCGUUUUCCAGAUAAAGCUGAUCAAGGCGGACGGUACCACGGUACACGGCAUGUGCUCCUUCAUUGACUUGGCGGGCAAUGAGCGCGGAAUCGACAACGCUGCGGCGGAUAGGAGUACACGAUUGGAGAGCGCAGACAUUAACAAGUCGUUGCUUGCGCUCAAGGAGUGCAUUCGCGGCCUGGUGCGCCAGACACCGCAUCUGCCAUUCCGCGACUCAAAGCUCACCCAGAUACUACGGGAUUCAUUUGUCGGCAGCAAGAAGAAUCGCACCUGCAUGAUCGCAAUGCUCUCUCCUGGUCAUCAAUCCUGCGAGCAUACGUUGAACACCCUACGCUACGCUGAAGCUGUCAAAGGACUGGGCGCGAAGAGGGACGCACUGGAGAAGAGGACGAGCUCGGUGACGAAGGGAAAGCGAAACUAA